AUGAAUCAGAUGGAAGACGUCGGAGUACAGAGUGGACGAGGAGGAAAAGGAGAAGUUGUAAAUGUGGAGUCUUCCUCUUACUUCCUCUCUCUCCAUCCUCAGAUCCAGCACUCCUCCUCUCCCUCCCCCUCUUCUUUCCCGUCUGCCUGGCGAGGCUUUGGGAGGAAGGUGACAUUGCUGCUGCCAUACGUCUGGCCCAAAGGCACUACAGCGCUGCAGGGAGUCGUGCUGCUGUGUGUGGGCCUGCUGACAGCAGAGCGGCUGGUCAAUGUGCUGGUGCCUGUUUACUCCAAGAACAUCGUGAAUGAGCUUUCUACAGGAGGUGGCUGGACUUCGCUGAUUGCCACAGUCUGCGUCUACACACUGCUGAAGUUCCUUCAAGGAGGAGGGGCAGGUACGUCUGGUUUCAUCAGCAACCUUCGUCAGUUUCUGUGGAUCAGAGUUCAGCAGUUCACCAGCAGAGGCGUUCAGGUGCGUUUGUUUUCCCACCUGCAUGGUUUGUCUCUGCGCUGGCACCUGGAGAGACGCACCGGAGACGUGCUGAGGAGCGUCGACCGAGGCACCUCCUCCAUCAACAACCUGCUGAGCUACAUCCUGUUCAGUAUCCUCCCUACCAUCUGUGACAUCAUCAUUGCCAUCAUCUACUUCGUCUCCUACUUCAGUGUCUGGUUUGGACUCAUAGUCUUCACCUGCAUGGUGCUCUACCUCACCUGCACCAUCCUGAUCACAGAGUGGAGAACCAAAUACAGGAGAGAGAUGAACAAUCAGGACAACAACGCCAAGUCCAGAGCUGUAGACUCGCUGCUCAACUUUGAGACGGUAAAAUAUUACAAUGCUGAGGAUUAUGAGGUCCGCUGCUUUGAGGAAGCCAUUCUGAAAUAUCAACAGUGUGAGUGGAAGAGCUCAGCAUCGCUCGCUCUGCUGAAUCAAACCCAGAACAUCAUCAUAGGAUCAGGACUGCUGGUUGGAUCUCUGCUCUGUGCCUACCUGGUCUCUGUAGGACAAUUCCAGGUUGGAGAUUAUGUUCUGUUUGGAACCUACAUCAUCCAGCUGUACACCCCUCUGAACUGGUUUGGUACCUACUACAGGCUGAUUCAGAGUGCAUUUGUUGACAUGGAGAACAUGUUGGCACUGUUGACGGAGCAGCAAGAGGUUCAGGAUGCUGAGGAUGCACAGGACUUGCAGCUCACAGCAGGUCAGGUGGAGUUUGACAGAGUCUGUUUCAGCUACGUACCUGGCACUGAGGUUCUCAGAGAUGUGACUUUCACAGUGGAGGCAGGACAAACAGUCGCCCUGGUUGGUCCAUCAGGAUCAGGGAAAAGCUCCAUCCUGCGUCUCUUGUUCAGAUUCUACGACCCUCAGUGUGGCUGCAUCCGCAUAGACGGGCAGGAUAUCUCCAAGGUGCGUCAGUCCUCUCUAAGGUCGUACAUCGGCGUGGUUCCCCAGGAUACCGUUCUUUUCAACGACACCAUCGGCAACAACAUCCGCUACAGCCGAGUCGCAGCCACCAACCAGGAGGUGGAGAGAGCUGCCAUGGCUGCUGACAUACACACAAGGAUACUGGAGCUUCCUCAGGGUUAUGACACAGAGGUGGGGGAACGAGGGCUGAAGCUCAGUGGCGGGGAGAAGCAGAGAGUGGCGAUAGCUCGAACCAUCCUGAAAGAACCUGAGAUCAUUCUGCUGGAUGAGGCCACUUCUUCACUGGACACCCAAACUGAGAGGAACAUCCAGGCUUCACUGGCCAAGGUCUGCACCAACAGGACGACUAUAGUGGUCGCACACAGGUUGUCCACUAUCGUCGAGGCGGACCAGAUCCUGGUGGUUCACAAUGGACAGAUCGCAGAGAGAGGAAGACACGAGGAGCUGCUGGUCCAGGGAGGUCUGUAUGCGGCCAUGUGGAUGAAACAGCAGAAAACUCUCGACACACCAACAGAAACACAGAGCAACAAUCAGACUCAAGAAACUUGAGUAUGAAUAUUUUUUUGAUCCAGUACCCACCACAUACUCUUUUGUCAUAUCUGUUGUAUCUGCAGCCCUGACUGAAGUAAAGUCCGGAGAAACUGAAACUCUGCAGCUGGUUAUAAAAUCACAUUGACACUGGUGUCGUCAUUCAUACACUGAGGCUGAAACGCAGUAGGAAGUGUUAGCAACAUAACAGAACCUUAACCCCACCUGUCCCUCCCAGAGCAGGAUUUUCCAUUAGAAUUAAUGAUGCAUCACUUCUAUUACAAUGUAUUUAGUAUUAGGCAGUCUCUAACUUUAGUUGCUUAACCAUAAUUAGCUAAGACACACACACACACACACACACACACACACACACACACACACACACACACACAGAUGAGCAACAUGGUCAGGUAGGAUGAAGAACAAAGCAGCUAUUACUUUCACUGACUCCAGGUGGGAGCAUGAAUAUGCCUUUAUCUGCAGGUUUAAACUGCUGCUGCUGUAACUUUCCUUUCCUAUAGGUGGCGCAGGUUGACAUGUGUAGAACUGGUGUGACAAUAUCCAAGUGCAAUUUACAGCUAAUGCCAAAGGACACGGAUAAUUGUGAAGCUGUAGGAAACAUUAAUGUUAGCCAGCUAACAACCGUAUGGUAGAAAUGCUGUAAUGAACAUUGGGAAGAAUUUACUAAAUGUCAAGGUGAAAGUUCCUCUGCAGCAGAAGCUGCUGGCAGUGACCAGACAGUCUGUGAAGAUUUAACCCCAGUCAUUAAAAACUGAGGCGAUUAUGUUACUGUGAUUGUUUUGGUGAAAACAUCCUGGAUGGGCUGAAAGUGCCGGUGUCAGAGGUGACUGUUUAGAGUAAAACUAUAUCGGCAGCCUGAGGCCCAGAGAGAGAGAGAGAGAGAAAGAGAGAGAGAGAGAGAGACAGAUGGAGAGAAUGUUUCAGAGAGAACUGCAUCUGGUUACAAAUAAAAACCGGAAACAACAGCUGUGUCAUGGCUUUUCUCUAUAAAAGACACGGUGAUACACAGCAGAAUCCAGCUGUA